CUUCCAGCAUGGGCCUAGAGCUAAGCCGGGCGGUGGUUAAUAAACCCCUGAACCCGCUGUCGUUGGUAAUACCAGCCAGUCAAUAUUCUAUAGCGCAAUCGAGACCCAAGUGAUAUUUGAAGAUAGAUCAUCUACCAUUCUUUGUGCGUGCGCGACUGCGUGUGUAUGUGUUCAAUGGGUACAUGGUGAAUUGAACUUGAUUGAUUAUCCCGACGACUUGCCUUUCUGCCAAAGAACGACAGAACUUCAAAUAGGAGACGGUGAUCUUUUCUGGGGUCAAUAAUACUGUCUCCGACCGGUGGAGCCAGUUUCUUACAAAUGAUAGUUUUUGGAAAAAAGGACACAAGCAAACUGGCUUUUUGUAGCUGUUGAAAUAAUUUGUUCUUAACAAAAGUGACCAAAAUUCAAGCUGAAAGUGUGAAAGCACGUGAAUAUUUCCUCAACAGUUGGGAUUAUCACUGAGCCCAGAUCCUCGGCCUCCAGUUGGAUCCGGCGACAUGAAUCUCGCUGCUGGAUUGCCUACAGCUACAUGUCUUAUGAAACGGAUGGGGAACAGAUGAAGAAUGAGACAUUUAGAAGAAAGAAAUCGAGCGGAAAAUGAGACCAUCUAAUGCAACCAGGGAUGUACUGGGUGCAUCUUUGACUCCAAGCUGCUUGACUAACCUGUCUACAAAAUAAAAUUGAUAAGUCAGAAUCUCAAAUUCUCCUCUCCAAAAUGUCUGCACACCAUCUGGAGAAGCCGAAGAAAAGCUUCGAGUUUCGCAUGUGCAAAAAAGUCGCGGAGCUGACACAGGUGGUCCACAUGCUGUUCACUAGAAAUCAUGAGAAAGAGGUGGAGAUCGACGCGCUGAAAAAAUCCUACGAACGAGAGAUUGAGCUAGUUCUCGAUGACGCCAGAGGCAAGAUAAGCGACCUUGAACUUGCCAUGUCUGAAGUGCAAACUCGGGGAAAAGUCGACCUUGAACGUGAGAGACAGCUCCGGGAAACAGAGGCCGCCGCCAAAGAGGCAGACUGGAGGCAGAAGCUGACAGACAACGAGAGGUUGUUACAGGAGGAACGUACCGAAUGCCAGAACCUGCGAGACAUGCUGAUCAACGCGCAGCGAGAUAUUGAGAAACUGAGACAAGGUGUGAGUGACCAGCUGUCCUCCAAGUCGGACGAGAUCCUGCGCAGAGACAAGGAAAUGGAGAAGAUUAAGGGUCAGCUUGCUGUGGCGGAGACCAAACUCAAAGACGCUCAGAAGGAAGCACAAGAAGCCAACGAAGAAUUGGAGCGACUCCGUCGGGAGGUGCAGCGCUAUCGUCUGGAGCUGAGCAACAGGGACAACAACUUUAACCGGAUGUUCAGCGAGAAGCAGCCGAUGGUGGUGAACCAGCGCGCUCUGCAGAGGCAACCGUCUGGAACUAUCUACACCUUCAGCCACGGCAACAGUCAGUCUCAACAACCCGGCAGCUCAGGUCCAAACGAAGAAAACCCCAAUGGUUUUCCCACUGGCCAAACUUCAUUGCAGAACUCCCUCAAUCUGCGGGACCGACACGUGAAGAACAACUCGGCAGAUCCGGACAGACUCGUGGGCCAGCUGGAGCGUCAGAUGACACUUCCGGAAAGAACGAGCACACAAGAUCGUCUGUUCAAGGACAGACGUUUUUCGGAAAAUGGUUCUGCCAGGAGGCCUAUGACUCAAGGUCCGACGUUUUUGCACGAACGGACUUUCACCAACGAAAGACACAUAAACAGACAUCAUCUCUCUGCUAAUCUCUUAUCAGAAGAGCCCAGUCAGCUUUUACCUCAAAAAUCUCUGGCGAUAACGCCCAGCGACGACCGGCCAACAAGCAGCAGCCUCCCGUCCAUCUGCUCCACGCCGGAGCAGAAGAGACUGGUCAAACAACUGAGUAAACCAAAGCCCCUGCCCAGAGAGAUGCUGUAUGGGAAAUAAAAGGUCUAACAGAAACGCUGCUUACAGCACUCUAUUAGCUCAGUUGGUAUCACGCUGGAUUACAGAGCGGACGGCCCUGGUUCGAAUCCCACACUGGGCGUUCUUGGGCGUGUGUCGUUUUGUGGAGUUUUCAAGGCUCUCAACCUAUGUGGCUCGGUCCUGUCGGGAACGGACGUUCAAUUCGGAGGUCCUGCUUUUUUAAUAAUCCAAGAGUGUUAAUAGGGGCAUUAAUCCAAAACAUUUACUACCGCAUCUUACAGUAUAGGACAUGACAGAUCCAAUGAAGAAGCUUCACACAGGAAUAGCUGAUACAGUGAAAUACAUGUACGUUUCUCAGAGAUCCAAUAGCAAAGCUUCUCGAGGACGACUGAACCAUUGGAAAGGUUUCUGGGAAAUGAAUGACCAAAUAGAAAGCUCUUUAUUGGAAAUCGCAGAAAUAAAGGAAACUGCCGCGUGGAAUGGGAACCUCCACAGAAAGUAACAAACUUUUGAAAAUGCAAAUGUUGAAUGAAGGGGAAGCAAGCUAAGUUGGAAGAUAGUUGCUAUAGUACGGGUCCAACACCCUUUCAUCAUUGCAUGAAUUCAACGUUUAUCUCCAGAAGUGGCCAAGAGGAAAGAGUGUGUAGGGGGGAGGGGGGGGGGGUUUGAUAACUCCCCAAACAAUUCAAGGUCGCGAAUCAUCCAGUAGGGGAUGUAAACCAGGGCCAUCAACAACAUAUCAGCUGUGCUACUGGUGAGGCCCAGAAAGGAAGUGAAAGUGAACAGCAUGUGAAAAAAUGGUGAAAAUUGUAUAGGUUUCAUGCCUCUAUCAACACUAUUAGGUGACCUCCGAGCGGAAAGUUCCAUCUCCAAAAGGGCCGAACCAAAUGGGAAAUUCAUGUAAAGUGCCUUUCCCAGUGACACAACGUCGGACCGAGCUGAGGCUCAAAACCCCGAAUCCACAAUCUCAUGUUUACGGGUCCGGUAGCCUAACCACUAAGCUACCAAUGCCACCUGAACAGCAUGAGGAGAGAGUUGGGUGUAGGCCUACUGCAUGUACGACAGAAGACAGUAGGACUAAGAGGCUGUUAUGUGCCUCACUGGACUUUUCGAAAGUGGGGCAUUGGUUUCCCCGUUAGGAAAAACAGACAGAGUGAGAGAUGCAACAUUUCAGAAACAUUUUUUUUUUUAAUUGUUCAAACCCCAUUCGAAGUUGAACCUCCACCUUCCAAGUGACAGGCCUACUGCAUCACUAGAGCCGGAAAGGUUAAAAGGAGAAAUCAGAAUUCAAAACACAGAAACUGGAAAAAGAUGCUUGACAACAAAGAGCUCCUAUGUUGAUUGUUUUCUAUAGCUGUUUUUCUCCUUCUAGUUUGUAUCUUUUACUGUUUUUUUCCCCUCCUGUGUGUGUGUGUGUGUGUGUGCGCGCGCGCGUGUGUCUGUCUGUCUAUCUUACUCAAGGGAGGGAGAAGUGGAGAAUGAAGAAGGGAUGAGAAGAAAUAAAUAAAGGAGUAAAAGUAAAAACAAUUGAAUGAACAGAAUGAUUUUCAAAUUCCAAAACACACAGCUGGGCUUAUUAGAUGUUGGAAAUAGGCCUUUGAAAACCAAAACUCAUUUUUGUUUGUAUUCCACUGCAGUGUGUAUUCGUGCCCAAUUUACAAUUUGGAUCAUUUAGGAGGCGGGCCACUUCAACCCUACCUGUCAACAUCAAUGCAGGUUGUGUGGAUACAUCUCAGAAGUAGUAAGAAAUACAAAGACAACCUCUAUAUAGAUUAACAUAUUAUCUUUUUCAUAUCUUGAGCAUGUACGGUGCAAACCCUUAUCAUUACAAGCUAGUUUCAAAAGGUAGAGAGGAAGGAAAAGAAAGAGAGAAAGAGACAGACAGACAGACAUACAGACAGAGAAAGAAAAGCACAAUUUGAAACAGUGUAUGAGAAAAAAAACUAAGAAAAAAGCCUUCUAAAUGAUAUUUCACACAUUUAUUUGUAUGCUUUAAAUAUGUUGAAUCUGUUGUUUUUAUUUGUAUACAUAAUGUAUGGUUUAACCAUGACAGCUUUCUGCAAAUGACGAGAAACAACCCUAUUAAUAUUAUUCUAAAUCUUCAAACAAAAUAUGAAGUAAAAAAAGUCAGUCAUAAGACUAUGACUAAGUGUAAGCAUAAAAAAAACUAUAGUCCAUCUUAAGAGAAUGACAGUUGUCUGCUUUCAACUUCUGUGACUUAAUGAAAGAGCUGUCUUCACUUCAAAUUACACUAGCCUUGCCCUGCCCCCCCCCCC